AUGUCCGAUCACCAACGCCAACAUCAUGGCGACGACUCCACAUCCUCAAAGUCUGUACCAAAGCCUUUGGGAGUGACCUCUAUCAUACCCCUCGGAGACAAGUGGUCCAUGGCGACCGUACAGGGUGGCUCACGCGCCGCUGCCAUGUCCCAGCACAUUGUCGACAAUUGCCCCAGAAACGAAGACGACGUAUUCGCCGUGGUCGCCUUCAACCUCACCGCUGCCUAG